AUGACCGAAGAGGCCGCCCAAUCCAAGGGCUUUACUCCCAAGGUUCCAGUCGAGCUGGACCCUCCAAAAGAUGACCCAAUCUCUCAAGAGGAAUUGGCCAAAUGCGACGGUACCGAUCCCAAUCGCCCAACUUUAGUUGCUAUCAAGGGGAUCGUUUUCGAUGUGUCCCGUAAUGCAGCCUACGGGUCUUCUGGUCAAUAUCGCGUUUUCGUUGGCAAGGAUUCCUCGCGCGCUCUCGCUAAAUCCUCCCUGAAGGCUGAAGAUUGUGUACCUGAAUGGCAUGACUUGGAUGACAAGGAGAAGACUGUUUUGGAUGAAUGGUUCACCUUCUUCAGUAAGCGGUAUAACAUCGUUGGAAAGGUGGAGGGCGCUACGAACUUCUGA